AUGCAUACCCCAGAGGCAAUGGCGGGCAUAUCGUCACCAGUGACCGUCAGCCGCAAUCCAACCGAACGUGUCGUGACCGAUGAAGAUUUUUGGCAAGAGCACAGUACAUUUACUGCUGAUAUACCCCAGAAUUACUCUUCUUCUUCGCCGAGGUAUGCCCACCUUGACAUGGAUUCAUUUAACCGCCCCCCUGUUCCACAGGAAGGGAGCCUCCUCAUCGACUAA